AUGAACCGGCAGCUAGUGAACAUUUUGACAGCCUUGUUUGCAUUUUUCUUAGAGACAAACCACUUCAGGACGGCUUUCUGCAAAGACCAUGACUCCAGGUCUGGAAAACAGCCUUCACAGACCCUAUCGCCUUCAGAUUUCUUGGACAAAUUAAUGGGAAGGACAUCAGGAUACGAUGCAAGAAUCAGGCCAAAUUUUAAAGGUCCUCCAGUAAACGUUACUUGCAAUAUUUUUAUCAACAGUUUUGGAUCAGUCACAGAAACCACCAUGGACUACCGAGUGAACAUUUUUCUGAGACAACAGUGGAAUGAUUCACGGCUGGCAUAUAGCGAGUACCCUGAUGAUUCCCUGGACUUGGACCCAUCCAUGCUGGACUCCAUUUGGAAACCAGAUUUAUUCUUUGCCAAUGAGAAGGGUGCCAACUUCCAUGAUGUCACCACCGACAACAAAUUGCUUCGAAUUUCAAAAAAUGGCAAAGUACUGUACAGUAUCAGACUCACCUUGACCUUAUCCUGUCCCAUGGACUUGAAGAAUUUUCCAAUGGAUGUCCAGACUUGUACAAUGCAGCUGGAGAGUUUUGGGUACACGAUGAAUGACCUGAUAUUUGAGUGGUUAAGCGAUGGUCCAGUUCAAGUUGCUGAAGGACUGACCCUGCCUCAGUUUAUUUUGAAAGAAGAGAAGGAACUUGGCUACUGCACAAAGCACUAUAACACUGGAAAGUUUACCUGCAUCGAGGUUAAGUUUCACCUGGAACGCCAGAUGGGAUACUAUCUGAUCCAGAUGUACAUCCCCAGUCUGUUGAUAGUCAUUUUGUCCUGGGUCUCCUUUUGGAUAAACAUGGAUGCAGCCCCUGCUAGGGUUGCACUGGGCAUCACCACUGUCUUAACAAUGACCACCCAGAGUUCAGGUUCCAGGGCAUCUCUGCCAAAGGUUUCCUACGUGAAAGCGAUUGACAUCUGGAUGGCGGUGUGCCUUCUGUUUGUGUUUGCUGCCUUACUGGAGUACGCGGCUGUGAACUUUGUCUCCAGACAACACAAGGAGCUCCUGCGGCUCCGGAGAAGACAGAAGAGACAGACUAAGGAAGAAGAUGUUACUCGUGAAAGUCGUUUUAAUUUCAGUGGUUAUGGGAUGGGUCACUGCCUCCAAGUGAAAGAUGGAACAGCUGUCAAGGCCACACCUGCCAACCCACUCCCACAACCCCCAAAAGAUGCAGAUGCCAUCAAGAAGAAGUUCGUGGACCGGGCAAAAAGGAUUGACACGAUAUCUCGAGCUGCCUUCCCGUUGGCCUUCCUCAUUUUCAACAUCUUUUACUGGAUCACAUACAAGAUCAUUCGGCAUGAAGAUGUUCACAAGAAAUAGAUGUGCCCUUCAGACCCUGGACUUUCUUGCCUAACUAUUGUGCUUGUAAAUACACAGUGAAAUUGUCUUUAUAUCACUUUGACAGAGGAGGAGACCGGGGGAGGGGGGCGGGAAGAUCAUGAGAGCAGGUUUCCUGGCACCUACAUGAAUAAAGAUAAGUUAUCUGGGCAAUGAAGGAAAAUGUUUGCACAAAAUUAAGGUGUUACAGAAUCAUGUGAGCAUAAUUCUCUUCACAGUCUUUAGCAUUGUUCUUUCAGAUGAUGUAUUAAUUAGACAUGAUAUGCAAGGUCAAGUUCUCGAAAGCUAUUUGUCUUUGGUUUGGUCUGGUUUUGACUAAUUCUGGUACUGAAAAGUUAGCUUAGACCACACACACACACACACACACACAUACACACACACACA